AUGGUGGUCUAUGACAGUCAAACAACACAACACUGCGAAGUGGACAAUACCAAUGUUCUAAGUACCUUGACUCUUAAGGUUGGGUAUUACACUCCUGAAGGAAGACUCAUUUCUGGAUGGCCAGCUUCUCUUGUGGAGGGAACAAAUCUCAUUAGAUUUGUGCCAAACAGUGGAGCUACUUCAGGGGAUAUGAGUCUUGUUAUUCUAGACGCUAGUCAAAUGGGGUUCCCUAUUCCAGUGACGAACAACUUCACCAUGAACUUUGUGAGAUAUGGAGCAACAACAGCAUCAUUUACUUCUAACAGUGCCUAUUAUGGGUUGAAGAGAAUGGUGCGGACAAACUUCCCAAAUAUCAAUCCCAUUCAGAACUACCUGCUAGUUCCUCCUCAGUCAGACUGUGAUGUCAUGGCAAAAAAAUGUAGUGCUGCUACUGGAUGCUACAAUUUGGCGAUUUCUGCAUCCUUUCCUAUUCCUGGGAACUAUUCACUCUGCUUAACCGCGAGUGGAUGGCGAGGCUACUACUUGCCGUGGGGUGGAAAUCCCCUCGAAGUGAAGGUGCUGGUGCCAAGCGAACUGUAUGUGAACACUCUCGGGAAAAACACGCUGUUGCUCCAGGACGCAGUGACAGGUGCAAAUGUGACUGACAUGAACAGUGUGUUCCUGGUGAAGUGCCCAUACGGUGCAUGUCCACACGUGACACUAAACAGUGGUGAUCAGGCAGUGAGUGUUGAUGUGUGUACU